AUGCGAAAGGAUGUAGGGAAUUAUGUCCAUGCAUGUGAUGUAUGCCAGCGUUUUAAAGCUAAUACUCAAAAGCUUGCUGAUAAGAUGAUCUCCAAUGUGGUACACGAGCCGUGGUAUACUAUUGGUAUUGAUAUCACUGGUCCGUUACCUUCAACAAAAACGGGCAAUACCCCCAUUUUAGUGGUCGUCGACUACUUUACAAAAUGGGUGGAAUUAUUCCCAUUGCAAAACACGCGUUCUACUCAUAUUGCACAAAUACUUCUCGAUGAAGCCAUUUGUCGUUUUGGAUGCCCAGUAAAGAUCUUCUCAGAUAACGGUUCGCAAUUUAUUUCGGAAGUAUUCGAAGAAACUCUUCGUAUUCUCCAAAUAAAUCAUCGCCGAACUGCCUUAUAUCACCCGCAAACAAAUCUAUCAGAGCGAGUGAAUAAUACACUCAAAACCAUGAUAAGAGGUUACGCUCAAAGUGAUCAACGUGCCUGGGAUGUAAAACUUCCUCAAUUGGCUUUCGCUCUAAGGACGGUGAUAAACGAUAGCACUGGAGAAUCUCCUGACUUCUUGAUGUUCGGUCGCGAACCUCGUUUACCGAUAGAUGUACUAUUUGGUUCAAUAAAUCCAUCUGACGAUCAUCCAACCAAUGAUCGAGAUGUUCGGUUCUAUCGUGAUCGACUUACAGCUAACCUUUUACCAGCGUUUAAUUUUGUACGAGAGCAUCUCGAAAUUGCACAACAAAAUCAGCGUUCAUCCUACGAUAGACAUCGUAGAGAUGUGCAUUUUGAGUUGUGCGAUCUUUUGAUGAUGGCUACCACAGUAGGUAGUGCACUCGGUAAAUGGAAAGCACCUAAGUUGGAUCCUCGAUGGGUUGAACCAUUUAAGAUUACGAAAAAGAUUACUCCCCUAAAUUAUCAGUUAACUUCCUUAGCUGAUAAUUGGAUGGUGGAAGUAGUACAUGUUGAGCGCUUAAGACCAUAUUACUCUCCAUUUCAAAUUCCUUCUUUAUAA